UUCAGUCCACAUCAACCAUCAUAAUUGUGAUCAAUUCAUCACAAAGAUUUCAAUAAAAACCUACGUAAAAUGUGGGAACAGUUAAAAAAUUCAAAAGCUCUUAAAUGGCUUGUGUUUGUGGUUAUGUUGGUAGUGUUGUUGUUGACAGUGUGUAUUUUUGUCUUCAAUGAGCCAGAAAAACUUGCGACGUGCACAAUUUCGAUAAAAGAAGAUUUGCAACCAACUGCGCCAUUACUACUUCGAUCAACGUUUGAUGUUACUCAUUCUACAAACGAUGCCUACUAUCUACCAAAAAACUUAUACGGUGAUAUUAAAUUCAUCCAAGAUUACAAUAUAAAUCUAAGCUGUCCCAAUGGUAAAGUAAUACAAAAUGGAACGGAUACAGGUGAGACUAUAGUCUCAAUUCGAUAUUCAGGCACCAAUAAAAACUUUGAGGUAGUGGGAACUGAAAAAACUGUAACGUUAUCACAGUUUACUUGCUCCAAACCAGGCCAUAUUGCUCGCUACACAGGCAAGACUUGUCUGGAUGGAUUUAAAGAGAUUGGAAUAGGUUUCCAGGUGAGCUCAUCGAUAUUUCUACGUGAGAUAACUGUGUGUUUUGAUCCGAUUGAACAAAUCACUGCGUAUUCCACAUACAGUCUCACUCGGUUUAUCAGAGGUAGUCAAACAUUUGAGUCACCCAGACCUUACUUUGAACCUGGAGAGUUUUAUAAUGUAGGCAACCAACAAGUCAAUGAAUUAUAUAAGCAAAAGGUACAACGUAUUAAUAUCAACAAACAACUUGGUUUGAGUGAAGAUUCAACGAAAUAUAUUACUGAAAACAAUCGUCAUUUCCUCAGUCGUGGACAUCUAACUGCAAAUGCUGAUUUUGUCUACGAAAAUCAACAAAAAGCUACAUUCUUUUUUGUGAAUGCAGCGCCACAAUGGCAGACAUUUAACGGCGGAAAUUGGAAGUUAUUGGAAGAAAGGGUGCGGUAUUUUGUUGGAGUAAGAAAUGUAGAUUUGGUGGUCUAUACUGGAACUCACGGUGUUAUGACCUUGCCACAUGAAACUUCAGGUGAACCUACUCCUAUAUAUUUAUAUAAUGAAAAUGAUGUUCAGGCCAUUCCUGUGCCAAAAAUGUAUUGGAAAGUGUUGUAUGAUCCGUAUACCCGGGCAGGUGUUGCUUUUGUUGGACUCAACAAUCCUUACAACAAUGACAUCAAGGAAGAUGUGCUCUGUACCGAUAUCUGUGACAAAUUAACAUUUAGCAUCUCAUGGAGCAGAACUAACAAUGAAAUGGGAUACGGAUAUUGCUGUGAAGUAAAAGACCUCCGUGCAAAAAUCAAAAAUAUUCCAAAUAUACCCGUUAACUCCCUUUUGGUAUAACAAUACUGAUAUAUAACAAUAUAUUGUUUGAAUUGUAUCUAUGAUUUCUUAUUUUCACGUCUAUUGCAUCGAGAAAAUGGCAUUCUCUUCUUGUAAAAUUCAUCGUCCUACUUUUUACUGCCUGAGAUGCAUAGAAUUUGCAAUCUGUUAAAAAUCACGCACGUUUCCGUUCUCGCAAUGAUUAGUAAUUGUAUCACAUUGUCGUUAGACAACCGCGCACGAAUUCAUUCACACUGGCGUCUCCACUUUCGUUCACCUUGUCCUUAUUACUCGCCGCGCACCGGCUGAACUUCAACAUGGCGUCCACAUCCACGUAUGCUGUGAUUAAAGUAAAAGUGCAGCUUGCGCACGCUGGAAGAAAAUCGAUUACAAUCGCAAUCAUUGUAAUCACGGUGUUUUAUAUAAUCGCAGAGCGAAAUUUUAAAUAAUCGCAAAUUACUGUGGUGAAUUCAUGCGUGGAAAUUGAAUUCAGGAAAUCUAAGAAUUCCACAUAAAUCUAAAUAAUUAUAUAAGUAAAGAAAAUAUUGUUGUUUUUGUUUAGUUUUAUAAUAUGUAUAAUAUUGCGAUGAUAAUAAUAUAAUAACAAAUGAAGUGAUGAAGUAA